UUGGGCGUAUUGAUAUAUGAACAUGAGUCCUCGGAGGGUGAGAGAGGAAGAGGAGGAGAGAGUGAAAGAGGAUGAAAGAGAAGGAGAUUUAAGCAGUGAAGCCGACUCGCCACAAGGAACCAUCAAACACAAGCCCAAACCCAACAGCUGCUCAUUGGCUAUGGCACAGGGCCAGACGCCAGCAAUGCUCCUGUGCCCGUGCCAACACCCUCAGCCCGAACCUUGCCGCCUCUCUCAGUCCCCCACACUCAGCAUUCCACCAUUCCCCACCUCCCCACCGUCCUCCAUCACCAUCUGCCGUAUGGCCAGGCACACGCCACACCACCUGCACCACAGCCACACGCCAAGCUUCUACAUCCAGCACACUCCCCACUUCACUCAGUACCAGUACCACCACCACCAUCUCCCGCAUACCCACCUAGAACCACCUCCUUCCCCAGUUCCGUCUCCAGUAUCACCCUCUCUCGCCCCUGCCGCCUCCACUCCUGCCCUCUGCACUGUCUCCUCCACACUGCCAGACAUGGACCACACCCACUACUCCCACCUCCAUCACCACCUGUUCUGCUCCGAUGGGGACAAUGAGAGUGUUACUUCAACAACCACAAACUCAAACGAUGACACAACCAUCAACAACUGCAGCUCUGGUUCGUCAUACGUGACAGCCUGCGUGAGCCUGUGGGCGGGGCCAUGCAGGGGAAAGCAGACUAUCAGAGAGAGAAUUGUCACACCUGGGACUCACCUGCCUUCAACAAUGACGUUGUACAGCGGAGACAGUACCGCAUUGGACUCAACUUCUUCAAUAAGAAGCCGGAGAAGGGGAUCCAGUACCUGAUUGAGCAGAAUUUUGUUUCUGACACACCUGUGGGAAUCGCCAGAUUCAUCCUUGAGAGGAAAGGACUGAGCAGGCAGAUGAUCGGAGAGUUCCUCGGCAGUCGACAACAGUUCAACAAGGAUGUCCUGGAGUGAGUACAUUCCAGUGAGUGUGUUCUG